GAUGACUGCGGACUUUUUUAAAACCUCAAAUCAAGUGCAGACAAGUAGAAACACAUUGCCGUAAAAUAAAUAGUAAAAAGGUACGCGUUAACGUCACGUGACAAGAGGGAGGAAGUCAGAUCUGGCAAAGAUGGUGAUUUUCAGUGUUUAUGUGGUGAAUAAAGCUGGGGGGUUAAUUUACCAGUAUGACAACUACGUACCAAGAACUGAAGUGGAAAAGACCUUUAGCUACCCUUUAGACGUGGUGCUGAAACAUCAUGAUGAAAAAGUCAUCGUAUCGUUUGGCCAGCGGGACGGAAUUAAAGUUAGACACGCAGUGCUGUCCAUCAAUGGAGUGGACGUGCAGGGAAAAAAUACAGCCGACGGAAAAGAUAUCCUUGAAUAUUUAAAGGACCCAGCAAAUUAUCCAGUUUCGAUCCGGUUUGGACGGGCUCGCCUUAGCUCCAAUGAGAAGCUGAUGCUGGCGUCCAUGUUUCACUCGUUAUUUGCCAUCGGUUCACAACUGUCUCCAGAAGUGGGAAGUUCAGGCAUUGAGAUGCUAGAAACGGAUGUGUUCAAACUCCACUGCUUUCAGACUCUCACAGGGAUAAAGUUUAUUGUGCUGGCAGACCCUCGACAGUCUGGUAUUGACACCUUGUUGAAGAAGAUUUACGAGAUCUACUCGGAUUUUGCUCUGAAGAACCCUUUUUACUCUCUGGAAAUGCCCAUCAGGUGCGAACUGUUUGAUCAGAAUCUAAAGAGUUCGCUGGAGGUUGCAGAGAAAGCUGGAAACUUUGGAGCCGGGUCGUAAACGUCAGAGUUGACUCCUCAUCACAGCAUGCGUAUACAAAUGAAAUCUCUGACUGGAAUAAGAGCCUUUUUGUGUUAAAUUGUUACUUCUGUCUUGAACGUUUGUCUGUUGUUUCAAAUUAAAGCUGCAUAUACAUAAUGCUUUGUAAAUACUUGACACAGUAAAACCUUAACACCGUAA